AUGUUCCGAACGGGAUAUCUGAUUGUGGACACAACCUCGAAAAACAAUCAGAGAUAUUUAACGCACCUGGACAUUUGGUGCUUUACGUCAACUUUCUUCAACGAUAACCGAACUCCGGCUCGGAUUAACGCCGUCAAAGUGCUAGUCAAAAACAUUCCGGACUUCAGCGCUUCCCGGAAACGCUUCUUGACAUUCGAUCUUAAUAUCAACCUGAAUACGUUGUUGAACUGGAGUGUGAAGCAGCUGUUCCUGUAUCUGACGGCCGAAUACCAGACGGAACAGAACGAGCUCAAUCAGAUACCUUUGGGCAAAGAGCAGCAGCGGGCUUACUUCGGAUUCCCGGACCAAUAA